GCUGUGAUGCUGUGGGAGAAAGCACUCUUUUUUCUCCGCACCGCCACUAUUAUGAAGGAUCCUUUUUUCUUUUCACACUUGUUUGUUCACACCAAUAUAAACUUGCAUGUAAAUUCAUUUCUUGCAUCCACAUUACUUUCAAUCACCCCGAAUAAUUUCACCAUCUUAAUUUUUCAUUUCUAGUGUUAUCAUCAAACAACCACCAUAUAGUAAAAGUGUUAUCAGUAAGCAACAACGGUUACGACUGUUCAUCUUCAGUUAUGUCGUUAUCCUCACGGUCAUCCUCUGUCUCACACUAUAAAGAGACACCUGGCUCUCCUACGCCAAGUUUGCCAGACGAGGGUUAUGAUGAGCAACGGAUAGAAAUACCCAAAUGGAUUCAACAAUGGACAGAUGAACAAAAAGCAGAGUUGGCGAUCCAGCUGCUGAAGUCGGUAUCGCCCUCUGUUUUCACAAGAACUUAUACUCGACUGACACCCAUGAACGAGUACAGAGAUUUUUUAGUGCUUUUACCUUAUGAACUUACAGUUCAUUUACUGUCUUUUCUGGAUGAGAGAUCUUUGGCCAUUGUCGCACAGGUCUCCAAAUCAUGGAACAAAUUUGCGUCAGACAACACUGUCUGGAAGACAUUUUACUUUCGGCGCGGAUGGCAUGUGAACCAAGACAUGAUCGACUGGUACCUCCGCUGGGGUGAGUUGGAGGCACAGUGGGCUUUGGGACCAAAAGGCAUGUAUCCCAGGAUUCACUUUGGACCUGAGAGCAUCAAGGAAAAACGCAAGAUGAUGGAUCACAACAUUCAGGCUACUAUGUAUCAAAAUGAUGAAGGACUUGAACUCGUGCAAAGAAAUGCAGUAUCUAGUAUGGCGUAUGAACAAAAUGAAAACCAAGACGGAUAUAGCUCAAUAUCGCCGCGACAAUCUGAAAGUCUUCAUAAUUACCGCUCGCAGGCACUUAAUGACCCCUAUGGUGCCAGCUCGCCAAUAGCAGUCCAUCCUUUAUCAUCUGGCUCACGCAAGUCAUCGACUUCAGAAGCCUCUUCAUUUUUCGAUUUAAGCAACCCUUUACUUCGAUCCCGUCGUCAGUCAUCGAUACGAACACCUCCAGUGCCUCCAUCAGUAUCAAUGCAAGCACCUCCAGCGCCCCCAUCAAUACCAACGCGUACACCAGCACCUCCGCCACUACGAUCACCGGUACCCUCGGUAGGUCAACGUCAUGGUCGAUUCUCCUUGUCUAGUGCAACUUUUAUGCCAUCAAUUCAACGUCCCCGUUUACCAAUGCAUGCUCUCGGGACCAACCUUAUGACGCCCCCUGCUAUGCUGAAAAAAAUUUCUCAUCGCAGUGAUCCCCCAGCCCCUCUCAGAAUGUCUACCUCUCAACGUGUUGGAUUGUCCUCAGGAUCCUCAUCCGUACAUCAACCUCGAUCCGAAAACCCCUUGGAUCAGAAUCUAUCAGAGUCCUUGUCCCCAUCUCCAACUAUACCUACCUCUUCUAGCCCGACUAACAUGUCUAAUGGACCUAAUUCGCCCCUGGCGGCAAAGACGCUUUGGAAUGCUAUUAGGCAUGGAGUGAUGGGGGUCUCCGGAUCAGCAGCGUGGUCCUCAAUAAGUUCCCAUAGGAAUGUAGAGAGUGAGCAUGACUCGACUGGCGAUCAACCCAAUCCUCAACAACAACAACAACAACAACAACAACAACAACAACAUCACCAUCAUCAUCACAGUCAUUCUAUCACAUCACCUUCUUUCCCAGCAUGGCUGAUGCACCUUCCCUCCCCACUUACCAAUGCAUCCUCGCGGCAGCACCGACACUCAGUACCUGCACCAUCGUCAUCCAUCUCAACAGCUCUUCCUAGUCCAGCGAUUAUUUCAAAUGCAGCAGGAGCCACAACAUUGUUCCCACUUGCAUCCAUACCCAAGCGGAUUGACUUCCAUUCACUUACCGCGCCACUUCCUUCAGAAGUUCUAAGUCCCGAUGCUCUUCAUAUCCAUCGCCAUCCUAUUACAAAGAAGCCUAUGAUCAACUGGAAAUUUUUGUGUCAGCAACGCAGAAUAUUGGAACAAAACUGGAAACAAGGCGUUCAUUUUGCAAAGGAACUUCCAGGUCAUACAGAGGGUAUUUAUUGUAUUCAGUUUGAUGAGACCAAGGUCGUUAGCGGCAGCCGAGAUAACACUAUCAAGAUUUGGGAUCUAGCGACAGGUGUCUGUUUAAGGACUUAUGUAGGUCAUAGUGCUAGUGUCCUCUGCCUCCAGUAUGAUGAGGACCGGAUUGUAAGCGGAAGCAGCGACACGAAUAUUAUUGUUUGGGAUUUGGAAACUGGCAGGCCAAUACAACAAUUAGUGGGGCAUUCAGACAGCGUACUCAGUUUGAGAUUUGAGAAGGACAUUGUGGUCAGUUGUAGUAAGGAUCGAACGGUGAAGAUCUGGAGAAUUAGCACUGGGGAACUGAUUAGGACGCUGAUAGGACAUCGUGCCGCUGUUAAUGCAGUUCAACUUUCACCUGAAUCAUCGUCUUCACCUUUUGCUGCGAGUCCUCGGGUAGUUGUCUCUGCCAGUGGAGACAAGACCAUCAAAAUUUGGUCAUUUGAGACUGGUGAAUGUCUACGAACGUUAGAGGGACAUUCGCGAGGCAUUGCCUGUAUCCAGUAUGAAGACAACAUGAUUGUCAGUGGUAGCUCAGACAAGACAAUCAAGAUUUGGGAUGUUGCGCGUGGUGAAUGCAUCAAAACAUUGUCUGGACACGACAACCUUGUCAGGACUUUACAGUUCACAAAUAGACGUAUCAUUAGUGGAGGUUAUGACGAGACCAUCAAGAUUUGGGACCAAAAGACAGGUGAGCUGCUUGCAGACAUGACAGGACGACAUUCUCAUCGGGUCUUUAAGUUACAGUUCAAUGACUCAAAGAUCGUCAGUUGUUCACAGGAUCAAAAGAUUAUCAUCUGGGACUUUGCUGUUGGGGUGGACAUGACUUUUCUGACAUAGUUGGUCACCGAUCAAUUAUGGCAGUGACCAUUGGUUACAACCGGACUUUGCACUCUAUCGUGAGGAGAUUUAGAAAACGACACACGCCCGUAAUUUUUUAUUAUUAUCAUUACUAUUAUUAUUAUUAUUAUCAUUAUUAUUAUUAUUAUUAUUACUUUCACUUCAUUAACAGUGUUUAUUGCUAUCUCGUCCUGAUACCUGUAAUAUAAAGCACCAUGUUUAUCGUUUUUCAUCUUAAUUUCCAUUGUUGCAUUCACUGUACACCCAUCACUAUUUAAAAU